AUGUUUAGUUUGAGUAUAGUACCAGUUUUUGUAUUGGUUUUGUUAAAUCCAGUAUCACCUUUUGACUUUGGCUUCCCAAAUAUCCCAACAGUAGAAGAUAUUCUGUACGGACCCGAACCUUUCGAUAAUCGGAUCGUUGGAGGUCAGAAUACCACCAUAGAAGAGCACCCCUACCAAGUGUCCUUUGUUGUGAACAACUCCUUCUUUUGUGGAGGGUUCAUUGUGAGUGAGAAUUAUAUCGUGACUGCAGCCCAUUGUGCUCAAAACGUCGACCCAUCGACAGUCGUCCUUAGAGCUGGGAGCACUUGGAGAAAAAAUGGCACAAUUAUACCCAUUGCUGAAGUGAUUGCUCAUCCAGAAUAUGACAACCCAGCUUUCGACAAAGACGUAGCGGUGAUGAAGACGGCGGAACCAAUCACUUUUACUGACACCAUAAAACCGAUUGCAUUACCGAAAAAAGGAGAGUAUUUGAAAGAAAAUUCCAUGAUUAUGGUCAGCGGAUGGGGGAAAACUAAUCAAGCAGAUAACACAAUACCAGAGAACCUAAUGGACGUGGAGAUUCCUGUGGUGCCGUACUGGCAGUGCCUUGCGGUGUACUUCACGGUGCUCACGAGGAACAUGUGGUGUGGAGGCAACUUCUAUCUUGGUGGCAAGGGAACGUGUCAGGGUGACUCUGGUGGUACGGCUGUCCAGAACGAUCAGGCAGUGGGUAUCGUUUCUUUUGGCCGAGGUUGUGGCCAGCGGUUCUCGCCGAGCGUCUUCGCCGAUAUUGCCGCGCCCCCUAUAAGGGACUUUAUCACUAAACAUACGGGAUUGUAA